UUUUCUUUCUGCCUUUCGUUGGCUUGUUGUUCUUGCUUAAGGAGAACUUUCAGCUUUACGGGUCUUCAUGGACAACAUGAACUCCUUUGUGGAAUACUCUAUUUGUAACCGAACAGGCAGCGGAUCUUAUCCUGCCCCUAAGCCUGGAUAUCAUCAUCAUCAUCAUCAUCUGCAUCACCACCACCUUCCUCUGGAUCAACACCAUGGCCUCUCAGUGACCCCCGGGUCUCUCCACGCGGGCCUCAGCGGCUCCUCUGUCCCGGUGAACGGGGCCGGCGGUGACAGCGGGUACAACGCAGACGGAGGGGUGUACGGAAACACCGCAGCGGACAUUGGAGGGGCGCACGAGACCGGAGGAGUGAGCCAGCAUCAUCAGCAGCAUCCAGUAAAUCAUCUAGAGCAUCAACAGCAACAGCACACACACAACGGCUUCCAACAUCACCAGAACCAAAGCUCUCAGAGUGGAUUAUUGACUCAGUAUACAAACGGCAGUGGAUGCACAUCCGGGGCCUACGCAGGUCAGGCGUGUGUUACAAACUCAGAGUAUGUAGCCAUCACGGGUCCUCCCAGUUCCGUCCAGCCUCAGUAUUUUAUGGAGGAGUCGGUGGCCUCCACUUACUACCAUCAAUCAGCCUUUCCUACCUCCACUCCAGCUGUCGGCCCCAGCUACAGCGGCCUUUCCGGAUCGUACUGCGGGCCGCAGGGCCCUCUUGCCAGCUCUCAGUACCCGCAGCAGAUUGGCGGGGGUCUGGAAACAGUGGCUUACCUGGGGUUCCCGCAAGCGGGAGGGUAUGGAGAGCUGGCGGUAUCCCAGGACCGAGGGAGAGAAGAUGAGGACAGUCAUCAGUCGGGACAGGGGCAAACCUUUGACUGGAUGAAGGUGAAGAGGAACCCCCCGAAAACAGGCGUCAAAGUGUCGGACUUUGGUCUCACUGGAGUUCACAACAACGCCAUGCGAACCAACUUCAGCACGCGGCAGCUGACGGAGCUGGAGAAGGAGUUCCACUUCAGCAAGUACCUGACGCGGGCGCGGCGCGUGGAGAUAGCAGCAACACUGGAGCUGAACGAGACCCAGGUGAAGAUCUGGUUCCAGAACAGACGAAUGAAGCAGAAGAAACGCGAACGGGAAGGAGCGGGUACUACUGCGUGCUCCUACUCCUCUGAGACCCGCGGCGGGUUUGUCAAGGACCUGGAGGACACGGACCACUCUUCUCUAUCCACCUCACCGGGAGCGUCGCCGAGCUCAGAGACGUAGUCUGAGCGUCACUUUUUUAUUACUGUGAUCCAGAAAUACAUUUCCGUUCUCCAGACUUGUACAUCCGAGGGCAUUACCGAGCCACCUCUGUUUGUUUUUUUUUUCUUCUUUUAUUGCUCAUUUCCUCCAUCUGUUGUUUUUGCACAACACAUUCUCUCCUGGAUUCUGCGCAUCUUAUUUUAUUACAUUUUUGCCAAACAGUUUUACAAUAAUCAAUACAUUUGUGUCGUGAAAGCUUCUUUUAUAAUUUUUUCAUCACUUGAUUUUUAUUGAUUGCAGAACAACAACAAAAGAGUUCUAGCUCAUCCCCUUGUGUUUGUCAAGGUAUCCAAAAAGUCACAAUAGUGACAAUAGGGUAACAUGUUUUAAAAUAUCUGCAAAUAUGAACAGUAUAUUUAAAUUCUUAGCUUUCCAGAAUUUUCCGAGACAAACCCUAAAGAUCUCAGUUAGGCAAAAACAAAAAAUGUAUUUCGGGAUACUGCAACACUUGAACCGGAACAAAUAGGACCCGAACUGAACAGCCUGUUGUUCAACAGACCCUGCUACAUGUCAAAAUGAACGGACUGGGUGAUUUCCUGUCACUUUCAUUUGUUUCAAAAUACACAGUUUGCAAAUGCUUAAAAACCUUUGAAUGUUGUUUCAUGUAAGAACUUAAAUUAACUAUGCCCUCUUUCAGUAAAUAAGUAUAACUGUGAUGAAGGUUUUAUGUUCUGCCAAAUCUCUAAAAUAGUGGAAUUUAUUGGGGUUCACAGGGACUGGGGCUGUUUAAGUAGAUAGAAUCUAUUUUAUAAAGUAUUUUUCAAAGAUUGUUACUCUGUCUAAUUUGCUUUAAAAAGAUGCAUUUGUGUGGUCUGUCUUUAAUAAUUUUACUUUCACUAGUUUCAGGGACCUAAAAUGGGUCACCAUGUUAUGUUGCUAAAACUUACCUAGUCCUGAAAUCAGAGCACACACAGAGUUUGAUCUCACUCUCUAUACAAGCUAAGACUAAACAUCAGUGAAGGCAUUGCUAUUACUUUGGUAUAACAAUUCAUGCUGUAAAAUUCUAACAGUUUCUAUGACGAAGUCAUGCUUGUAUUUGCAUUGUUGAAAUUAGAGCUUUGCAGUACAAUGAGAAUAUUCCAAAUCAAGUUUUUCGGUUGCUGUUGAUGCAGUUGUGGCCUGUGCACUCAAACAAUGAGUUUCCAGAUAAACUCACUGCAGAAAGUUUCAGCUCUCAUAAUAACACCAGACUGUCAGUUAUUUCAACCCUGUCAGAAGGUGAAAGUCUUGGAUAUUCUAAUUAAAACAGGUGCGUUUUUGGUGAUUGUGGUUAUGGUUCUGAGUGUGAGCAGUGUGAAGAAAAUCCGUACCAGUUUUUCAUAUGAUGUAAUACUUUUCAACUUUUCCAAAAUGUUCAGGAUGUUAUUCCUUUCAACUGCAGGGUGUGCAAAUUAUGUUCUCAAUUUAGCAAAAUGUUUUGAUCUGAUGAAAAUCCUUCACAACCUGAGAAUGCUAAGAAUGAACACUUUAAUUGUUCAGUUCACAUCUGUGAGCAGCUUUGCCCAUGUGGAAUAUUGUUGGCCUUAGAAAGCAAAAAUAUCUAAUGUAAACAUAAUAUUUUAAUGUACUGAUUUUUUUUA